AUGGUGGUGCAGUGGAGUGAAGUUCGCACCGCCUGGCAAGAUAGUGACUUCAUCACGGAAUGUUUGUGCUGGCAUAAUGUGUACCGGCAGCGGCACGGAGCUCCGCAGCUUUAUAUGGCGCCAGAGUUAUGCGAUUACGCACAGGCGUGGGCGAACCAUUUGGCCCACACGAACAAGUUCAGCUACAGGAAUGACCGCGAUGUCGGUCAGAAUCUGUACCAGCGGCCAGUCAGUGCCAUCCAGCCUGAUGUCACUGGUCAAGAAGUGUCUUCCUAUUGGUAUGCAGCCGUGCGCCAAUACAAUUUUUUCAGGGAGUCUGAUGUUCUUCAUGCUAACGUCAACGCAGGUCACUUUACCCAACUGGUUUGGGCGGCUACAUCAUUCUUCGGGGUGGGCAAGGCUCGCUCCAGGGACGGCAAAGUAAUCGUCGUCGCGAACUACUCCCCUCCAGGUAACAUCUCCUCACGAUUCGAGGCCAAUGUCCUGCCUCCUUUGCCGGAGAACUCUCCAGAACUACCGCUGCCUCCGGAACACUGA